UGGUACUCCAGCUCCGGCGCGAUUGCUCCGACAAGCCGGGGGAGAGGUGAAGGAAGCGCAGGACCCCUAACGAUGGAGCAAUUUUAGGAGAUAACGACGAGCUCCCCCCCCUCCCUCCCCCCGUCGGAGAUAACAACACAGCGUCAUCUACAUGACCGAAGAAAGCAGAACGGCCACCAGAAACGUAAGCGUAACAAUCAUGCAAUUUAAAUACCGACGAAUUUAAGGCAACCGCUUCACCUUCAAGGUUACACCGCCUGAAGACGCCCCGAACAUCCUCCUCCUCCACCACCCCUCCGCCUCUUGUCGCAGACCAGCCCGGCGCACGUUGGUCUCGAUCGUCCACCGGUGCCGACCAUGUCCAUAGAAGAGCAGGGCUACCCCGACGCGAUGCGGUCGCUGAAGGCCGCGCCGGAGUGGGUGCGGGCGGAGAUCGAGCGUCUCUCCCGGGAGCUGAGCGAGACCACGAACGAGAAGAUCCAGGCGGCGGAGUACGGGCUGGCGGUGCUGGAGGAGAAGCAGCAGCUCAAACAGCAGUACGACGACCUGGAGAUCGAGUACGAGGCCGUCCGGCAGGAGGUGGACCAGCUGAAGGAGGCCUUCGGACAAGCCUACUCCAACCACAGGAAGGUGGCAGCGGACGGGGAGAGCCGCGAGGAGUGUCUCAUCCAGGAGUCGGCCUGUAAGGAGGCCUACUACGAGCAGAGGGUCCUGGAGCUGCAGACCGAGCUCCGCCAGGCGCGCAACAUCCUCACCAAUACCCAGUCUGAGAACGAGCGCCUGAACACCAUCUGCCAGGAGAUGAGAGAGAACAGCCAGAUGGUGGAGCUCCAGAGGAAUCAGCUGCGCGACGACAUCAAGGAGUACAAGUUCCGGGAGGCUCGCCUGCUGCAGGACUACACGGAGCUGGAGGAGGAGAACAUCUCGCUGCAGAAGCAGGUGUCGGCGCUCAAGCAGAGCCAGGUGGAGUUUGAGGGUUUGAAGCACGAGAUCCGUCGUCUGGAGGAGGACACCCAGUUCCUCAACAGCCAGCUGGAGGACGCCAUCCGGCUGAAGGAGAUCGCCGAGCGUCAGCUGGGCGAGGCCGUGGAGACCAUCAAGACCGAGCGCGAGCUGAAGGCGUCCCUGAGGAAAGAGCUCUCCCACUACAUGAGCAUCGGAGACACGCUCUGUCACAGCCCCCUCAGCAUCUCCCUGGACGGACUGAAGUUCGGCGACGACGCCGGCACCGAGCCCAACAACGACGAGGCCCUCCACGGGUACGAGAACGGCUUCGCCAAGCUGGCCAACGCCAUCGCCUGCGACAACCGCAUCCCCGCCGCGCCCGAGAAGGACGAGGCGUUCCAUCCCGCGCCCAGCCUCGUCGACGACCUGCUGAGCGAACUCAACAUCUCGGAGAUCCAGAAGCUCAAACAGCAGCUGAUGCAGAUGGAGCGUGAGAAGGUCAACCUGCUGUCCACCCUGCAGGACUCCCAGAAACAGCUGGAGCAGGCCAACGGCGCUCUGUCCGAGCACCAGGAGAAGGUCAACCGGCUCACGGAGAACCUCGCCGCCAUCCGCAAGCUGCAGGCCAGCAAGGAGCGCCAGUCCGCCUUGGACAACGAGAAGGAGCGCGACAGCAACGAGGACGGAGACUACUACGAGGUGGACAUCAACGGGCCGGAGAUACUGGAGUGCAAGUACAAGGUCGCCGUGUCUGAAGCCGGAGAGCUGAAGGAGGAGCUGAAGACUCUGAAGACUGAAUACCAGGCCUGUCAGUCACGUUACGAAGAGGUGCGCACCCGUCUGGAGAUCGACGUCACGGCGCUGGAGGGGAAGCUGGCGACUCUGGAGAAGACCAGCCACACAGACCGAGUGGAGAAGGCCAAGCUGGAGAAGGAAGUGCGCAAGCUGAGCGACGUGGCAGGCGAGUCCCAGGGCAGCCUGAGCGUGGCGCAGGACGAGCUGGUCACCUUCAGCGAAGAACUGGCCACCCUCUACAACCACGUCUGCAUGUGCAACAACGAGACGCCCAACCGCGUCAUGCUCGACUUCUACAAGGAGGGCAAGGGCGGCCGGAGCAGCCCGGAGGGCCGAGGCCGCCGCUCCCCCAUCCUGCUCACCAAGGGUCUCUUCCCCGAGCCCGGGAGGGCCGACGCCAGCGACGGGGCGCCCUCGCCGGUCUCCUCGCUGCCGUCCCCCGGGUCGGACCACCGCCGCGAGCCCAUGAACAUCUACAACCUGGUGGCCAUCAUCCGGGACCAGAUCAAGCACCUGCAGCUGGCCGUGGACCGCACCACGGAGCUGUCGCGCCAGAGGGUGGCCUCUCUGGAGCUCGGCACCGUGGCGGACAAGGACAAGGAAGCCUGCAUGGAGGAGAUCCUCAAACUGAAAUCUCUGCUGAGCACCAAGAGGGAGCAGAUCGCGACCCUGCGCACCGUCCUCAAGGCCAACAAGCAGACGGCCGAAGUCGCUCUGGCCAACCUGAAGAGCAAGUACGAGAACGAGAAGGCCAUGGUCACCGAGACCAUGAUGAAGCUGAGGAACGAGCUCAAAGCCCUGAAGGAGGACGCCGCCACCUUUUCCUCCCUCCGAGCUAUGUUCGCCACGCGGUGCGACGAGUACGUCACCCAGCUGGACGAGAUGCAGAGGCAGCUGGCUGCGGCGGAGGACGAGAAGAAGACCCUCAACUCCCUGCUGCGCAUGGCCAUCCAGCAGAAGCUGGCCCUGACGCAGCGCCUGGAGGACCUGGAGUUCGACCACGAGCAGAUCCGCCGGGGGGGCAUCGCCAGCCGGGUCAAGGCCCGCAGCAAGGCCACCAGCGCCGCCGCCGCCGCCGCCCACGCCCACGCCCACGCCCACACCCACUAAAUUACGUGACGUGCCAGCGCGAGGUCCGGGUUGGGUUCACUAAUUUGGACUUGGAAGACGAAAAAGAGAUGCUAAACAAAAACAAAAACAAAAACAACACUGAUCUCUAGUCCGAUAAAGUGCUGCAUGCUGCUGCUGCUGCUGGAAGCCAAUUUCUCACGGGGUCCAAUGAACUGUGCAUUAAUAAGUGUGAGUUCUAAACCCUCCAAUGAGAAGCCAGGGGGGGGGGUCACAGGGUCUGGUUUCCAUCUUUUUUUUGUUUAUUGUUUUUUUGUUGUUUUUUUUAAUCUGUGCACUUUUAUUAUAUAGGAUUAUAACAGACUAUUAUUAACCUGUAGUAAAGCGUAGUAGUUCUACGGUUUGUGAGUAAUUCAGCGUAUAUAGGUUAUUUAAAAAAAACUAUACGAUUAUACGUCUGAAAACAAAGGCUCCGCAGACCAUAAACCUGCUAUUAAGACUUCAAUCCUCAAAGACUUUAUCCAUCUAAUAAUCACGUCUUCAAUUGUUUUUGUUACGCCAUACGUUAAGCUGUUUUUCUUUUUGUGUUUUGUUGUACACGUAAAAAAAAAAAAAAGAAAGAAAAGAAAAUCCUGGGUGAUCAAAUCCUGGGUUUUUUCUUUUUUUUCAUGUAUUUAUUAUUCCUAGGAAUAGUUUUAAAAUAACACAAUGAAACUUGACAAACGCUCUGACCCACAUAGGUAUGUUGUGUUUCAGGGGAAAGGGUGUGUGUGUGUGGGGGGUGGGGGGUAUUUGAGUGGUAUGAUAUGCUUUUUCCUCGCUUCUUACCGAGGGCGUUCCACUGAAACGGGAUCACCGGCCGCCCCAGAAUUCUCUGCAAAGUGCGAACAAUUAAAUUCCAAAUUGGAAUUGUUUCAUUCUCUCUCUUGGUUUUUUUUGUGGUUUUUUUUAUCGUGCCAAAUCCUGGCGCACCUUUUUAUUUUUUUUGUUGGGGGGAGGGGGGUUUAGUUCUUCGUUUCUGACCAGUAUAGUGCCUUUUCAUUGUUUCAAGAGAGAAUCGUAGACUAGUAUUUAAUGGGUGUUUUUUUUUUACCUGAUUUUUAUUUAAUUUAUCAGGUUCAAAAAUGACUGUGAGCAGCAAUAAGUGCAAAAGGGAAAUUCCCCCCCCCCCCCCCCGACUUGCACGAGUGAGAUAAAAAAUUAGCUCAAUAAAACUUAAACAUUGUAUUGAAUUCUGCAGGUCAGUGAUCCCACUCAUUAAAUUCAGGGGUAUUAAGAAAAAGGGUUUUAUUUUUUUUUAUUAAAACUUUGGGAACCAAAUGAAAUCCCUUUGGGCCUCCAAAGCAUCGUUAAUGUUCUGGAGUAGAUUUAUUGGAACCAUCUACGCAUCUUUGUUUGGUGAAGGUAAAUGUGAUAUCAAAAAGUAUUGUUGUUUUUUUUCUUCUGUGUCUAAUUUUAAGUUUUUGUUUGUUUUUUGUUUUUUUAAUUAUUAUUAUUGAUUUUUUUUUUUUUUUUACAUUUUUGAGCAUUAUGUUUUCAGGAAACAGAAAACAAAGAAAAAUAAGCAUCAACAAGCUUGAAUAGUGCCAUUACAGCCAAUGCUUGUUUGUUGAGGCGUUUUAAAAAGUUACCCCGACACGGACGGGAAGAAGAGAGGAAAACAAAAGUGCAAUUCAGGUAAAGUUUUACAUUUUCAAUAAGAGGAAAAACGACGUUUUCUGUUUGCUGGAAGCCACAGUGAGCGUUGUGACAACACAAUUAGCUGUGCGAAACUUUAUAUUGUCAUAUUGUGUGUUUUUUUUCAGUAUUGAUCCAUAAAUGAGUUUGAUAUCUUUUUUUUUUUUUAUAUGAAAUAACGACUUCACCACGUACGUUGGGUAUUUAUUUGAAUUGUCAUGCAGUACUGUAUUCUUAUCAAUAAUGUGCAUUAUGAUUAGUGGCAUAUAUUGAUUGCAGCUAAAUGUCAUAUGCAUGUUUUCCCCCAGUCAUGGGACCUUUACACAGAAGUGAAAAACAAACACGUAAAAACUUUUUUGAACCAGGGUGUUGAAAAGAAAAAAAAAUGAAAUGGAAUAAAACACAAAAGUUAAGUCCGACGUAUUACUGCUGAACUAACCCAAUGAAAGUGUGUUG